GGCUUCGUUUACCAAAUUGGGUUUUCGCCGUUUAACACAGAUUUUGACUGAUCAUCUUGCUCUCUUUCUAGUUUCUACUUUGCGAGGGUUUCUCGCCCAUGGCGUCCUCCGCUUCUUCUUCGGCUCAUGGCGCUUCCAAGUUCCUCGGCGGCCUUCCUUCCCGUGGCUACUUUUCGUCCACCGUCCCCUCCUCAAAUCCGGGAAGUAUGCGAGUCUAUAUCUGUCUUCAUGAUACCUCACCACCAGAGGAUCAAGACAUAAAGACAAAUCAGCAGAAUAUACUUAUUAGAUCUUUAAUGCUUAAAAAUUCCAGUUCAAAGGAUGGAAAGGGAGUAGCUGCAGCUGACUCCUCCCGGAAGAGGGCUGGUGAAAAAAUUUCAGAUAGCAGAGCGAAGAGGGCCAGCGCACAAGUAUGUUCAACCAAAGGAGCAUCAAACAGUGAAGUACCGAGUAAGCAUCUCUAUAAUUUGACUGUAGAGAGGCUGCGUGCCCUUCUCAAGGCCAGAGGCCUUUCGCCCAAAGGAAAGAAGGACGAGCUGAUUUCCCGCCUGAGAAGCUCCGAUGUUUAAGCGACCACUAUGAGAGUGAAACAUCUGUACUCUGCAUGAGCAGGCAAACCAAAACAAGGAAGUUGUGGAUUACCGUUUCCUCAACAUGUAGUUAGAAGUAAAUUAUACUUGAACCGAAAGUUAGCCAUGGGUAUCUGUAUUCAUUUUGAUGAUGGGAAAACAUUCAUAGUUAAAUUAUAGAGAUAAAAUUGGAAAGUUCAUUUUUCUUCCAAAAUUGCUGAGAUUCUUCUGUACAAGACGUGAUCAUGAGAAUGUUCCAACAUCUCAUUCAUAGAAACUAAGACGAUGCUCGAGUUGAGUUUCGAGGUCUUUUACCAUCUUUUAGCAUCUGGGCGUCAUUUGACUAUUUUAUGAGAAAGUGUUCCAUUCA